GAGGCAAACCAAAUUUCAACUCCCAUGGUUAAUAAUUAAAUAAGUAAAAACAAAAACUUGAUGCUCGCAUUUUGACAGAUUCAGUAGGAAUCAUGGAGGCUUGACCCAGAAGUGACACGUGUCAGUUAGAGGAGCACAAAUGGAGCGUUUAGGGCGAUUCAGUCCAAUCCCAUGCAAAGCUGCUACGACGUUUCUUUAUCUUAGUGCCGCACUACAUGGGAUCGUCCGCAACUUCACAUCACUGCUCUUCCCACUCUCCUGGACAACCAUCCUUCCCUCAAUUCGGCUUUCGCUCUUCCGCAGCCUUCCCCUCCUCAGCAACAAUGUCCGAUCAAACAGGAUCCAUGUCAUCCUAUCCGCCCUCGAAUUAUGACUCUUCUUCCCCACAUUCACGCCAAACCGUGAAGCUCUUCACCGCCGCCACUCUUGGCCUUGUCCUCUUGCUCUUGUCCGGAUUAACCUUGAUCGGCACCGUCACUGCCUUGAUCAUUGCAACCCCGCUUUUAAUUUUGUUCAGUCCGAUCCUAGUCCCCGCCGGUUUUGCUUUAUUCCUUCUAAUUGCUGGUUUUCUGUUCGCCGGUGGAUGUGGUGUGGCCGCUAUAGCAGCGUUGUCGUGGAUAUAUAAUUACGUUGCCGGGAAGCACCCGCCGGGAUCUGAUCGGCUUGACUACGCCGGAGCAGUGAUUGCAGAUAAGGCCAGGGGCAUGAAGGAAAAGGCCAAGGAUUAUGGGCAGUACGUGCAGGGUAAGGCCCAAGAUGCUACGCAGGGAUCCUAAUCACGGAGUAUCUAUAUCUUUUGUUGAAGGCGGUACCAUCUGAAUUUGCUUAUUUCAUUGUAUUCUCUUGUUUGGUCAGAAGGAUUUUGCUUCUCAAGUUGUAGUUUUAUCAUAUUUUCAGGGUCCUUUGUCGUUUCUGCGUUUUUGUGUCUUGUUCCUUAUUGGAGCUAAAUCUUUCAACCUUUUAAAUUUCCUUGUCCCGUUAAUAAAUACUAUCAAUUUGUAAGCCA